GAUCAUUGCUUGACGAGUGGGAUUACAUAAAUGGCGAGCCUGCCAACGAAAAAACUUUCUUCUUCUAAGUCUCGACCCAAUGAGGCUUCCAAGAACACUUCUCCUGUCAAACAGACAGCAUCCAACGAGGUGGAUCAAUUAGCUGAAGUGAGGGCUCCAGCUUUUCAGUCAAAUCAGCCUGCUUCGCGAUAUGUCCAUCCCUUGCCGCAUACACUGGAGGUGGGUGAUGAUUUCGAGCUGUGGUCGGACAAGGUGUGCCGAUACAUUGAUCUGAUGAACGUGCCUCACCCGAACGCAUUCGUCAUCGAUUCUGUUGGACGGUCCUUGGAAAUGUACACAAUUGGUUUGGAUUACGUGCAUAUGCCCUUGACCACCCUGUUGAGUACUCUAAGAGCACGUAUAGUGCCACCAAUACCUCCCAUUGAAGCGCUGAAAAGAUUCAGCGAGUGCAACCAGAGACAAGGUGAAUCUAUCAACCAGUUCACCUUACGUCUCCGCAAGCUUGCGCGUCAAGCUAUGCAGGACAAGACAUAUUCAGAGGUUGAAAACGCUAUAUAUUCCAAGUUCUUGCAGGGUGUCGACGUCCGUUACAGGAAGGACUUCAACUUGCACACUCCAGCAUCCAUGGCAGAAGCGGAAGCUAGGGCACGCCUAGUGGAAAGCCUGGAAGAGCCAGGAACCACAUGCCCACAAGUAAACGCAAUGGGAUAUCAGCACACAACAACAAAGCAUGCACAGAAUCCUACACCACCGUGGAAAGGACGCCCACAGUCGCAAUCCACUUCAAGAAACGAUUGCUACUACUGCAGGCGGUUUGGUAAGCUUGCUAGGAGUUGUGGUCACAAUGCAGGUGAGUCACAUGUCGAUAUGAAUUGUGUGCCUACUGUAAACCUAAUCGGUGUCACCUCCUCCCCGAAAGUUGUAGGUUAUAUAGGUGGAAAAAAGUGUGUUAUGUUAGUUGACUCAGGAGCAACUUGUUCUGUCAUACAUUCCUCAUGUGUUCCAGAGACGUUUAGGC